AUGAGAUUGUCAAUUGCGUUAAUGGGCGUGCCACUUGCCGCCGUCCAUAUGGUCUCGGCACAGAUGGUUUGCACCACGGACGGAUCUCCUGGGCCUGAAUCUGUCCUGCAAUGCCUUGGGUCAGUCGUACAGUGCGCAACCACGCUCACGGACGAGGUAGCCCUCAGCUCGUGCGAAUGCAGCUACGUUCGUGCAGCCCUCAGCUGCUACACAUCGAUCUGUGGUGACAGCAUCCCCUCAACGAGUGAUAUCAUGUCUCUGAGCUCCCAAUACUGUGGCGGCGGAGGGUCCGCAGCAACUACCACGGACAGCGCCGCGUCGAUGACAGGGUCACAGGCCAGCGCGACUGCCUCAGUCGCAAGCGCAACAAGCAGUGCCGGUGCUGAACAUAGGGGACUUAAACAAGAAGUCUUUGUGGUUGCUGUUGUCGGGUUAGUCGGUGCUCUAGUAUAA